CAAAAUUAUAAAUAGUAAUCUUAUCCUAAAUUAAAAAAACCAAAGGAAUAAAUAACACCUUGCAUUCUGUUGAAAUCAUUUGAGGAUUACGAAUUAUAAUCAAAAUGUACUUAAAUUUGUUUUUGGUGAUUUUUGUGUUAACCCAAGUAAAAAGUGAUUUGAUUUUAAAAAAACACGGCCCACCGGAUGUUGAUGCACCCAAAUUAAGAGUGGAUCCUCCUACUUGGGGAACCAUUCAACAAAGAGUCGAUCAUUUCAAUCCUAAGGAUGCAAGAAAAUGGGAAAUGAGAUAUCUAGAAAGUGGACAAUUUUUUGAAGAAAAUGGCCCUAUGUUUAUUUAUUUAGGCGGGGAGUGGAGUAUUAAUAUGGGGUCUAUAAUGUCCGGACAAAUUGUUGAUAUGGCACUAGAGCAUCGUGGUUAUUUAUUUUAUACGGAACAUCGAUAUUAUGGACAAAGUUUUCCUACAGAAGAUCUAUCUCCCGAAAACCUGCAAUAUCUCAACGUCGACCAAGCAUUAGCUGAUGUAGUCUACUUCAUCAACUACAAAAAAGAAACAAUUCCUGGCUUAAAAUCUAGCAAAGUCGUUGUAGUUGGAGGUUCAUACUCAGCAUCCAUGGCUACAUGGUUACGUCUUAAAUAUCCCCACGCCAUCGACAUCGCAUACGCUUCAAGCGGCCCAUUAAGAGCCGUCGCAGAUUUCCACGAAUACUAUGAAGUCAUUAACGAUAAUAUUAAAUUAGUUAACUCGGAGUGUUUACAAACGAUUAAUGAUGGUACUAAUUUAAUGGAAAAAGAAAUGGAAACUGAGGAUGGUUUAAAAAGUUUAAGCGAACGAUUAGGGAUGUGCAACACUUUGAAAAAUGAGGAACCCCACCGCUCGUUUUUCUUCAAUAUGAUUAUCGCUGAAACUUUUGCGGGGUUGGUUCAAUACGCUGGACAAUAUUCCAUUCAAAAUGAUUGCGAUAAAUUGAUGGGAUUUGAUGGGGAUGCUUUAAAUAAAUUAAUUGGGUACAUUAAGGAUAAUUAUAAGGAUGUUUCUUGUAUUGGGGAUUACGACGAAUUUAUUGAAACUUAUUCCUCCCAUGAAACAACAAACGAUAUUUAUCGCCAAUGGAUUUAUCAAACUUGCACUGAAUAUGGGUAUUUCCAAACGACCACAUCUCAAUAUCAACCUUUCGGGGAUACUUUCCCUUUAAACUUUUUCGUUGAUAUGUGCCCAACUUUAUUUGGGGAAAGGUUUAACGAGACUGUUUUAAAUACUGCCGUAAGAAGAACAAAUUUGUUUUAUGGCUCAAUUGAACCUGAGAUUACCAAGUUAAUUUCGGUGCAUGGUUCCGUUGAUCCUUGGCACCCACUCGGAAUUUUGAGCGAUUUGAGUCCUUUAGCUCCCGCUAUUUUUAUUGAGGGUAGUUCUCAUUGCGCCGAUUUAAAAUCGGUGUCUGAGUAUGAUAUUCCAGCUUUGAGGGAGGCUAAAAUAAGGAUUAAGGGGAUUAUUGCUGAAUGGUUAAAAGAAUGAAAAGUUAAAUUUUGAAUGAAUCAUCAUAAAUUAAUUGAUGAAUUGAGUUGUUAAUAAAUUAUACAAAAUGA